GGUCAUGAAUAUGCAUGAGGGCGUCUUUUUUUAGAUACAGACUCCUGUGGGUGGAGCUUGCUUCUGCUAUCCUACACGACUGUGAGGAGCUUAUAAACAGUUAUAUUUAGCACGGGUUUUUCCUGCUUCCUUGCAGAGGGUCUUGACUCUGGUUUCGUUCACACAUUUCUCCUUCAUACAACACAGUAAGAUGAUGAUGACGAGUUUGGUGCCAACUUAGAUUGAAGACCCUCAUGAAAGACAGGAAGUAGUGAAGAAUCUUCAAAGAUAGAGAUUAGAGUGGCUGAAGUUGUUGAAUAUGGCCGAGAUGAAGAAAGGUCAAAGUGACACAGACAGUGAAGAAUGUACACCAGCAAAGUGCAGGAGGAAAAGCAAUGAUGAGGACAACCCGCCUGGAACCACUGACGGAUCAGGAAGUACUGUGGAGGAUUCAGGAAAUAAAGAUGUUGAUGAAGAGAGUGUUGACGAAUGUUUGUUUGGUGACAUGACAGUUGAAGAAGAGGGAGAUGAAAUCGAAGAUAUGUAUGAACUUGGAGCAUGUGCUACAAAGGUCAAAUUCCAGACGGUUCAACAACAGUCGUACCAACUUGUAGGUAAAGACACCACGGCAGUAGCACAACACAUUGUGGGAUGUUGUCAGCAACCACAGGGAGAAAUAGCGUCAACAUCACAGCAGGGGACACAACUCCAGCAAGCUUCAGCUGCUGAUGAUGAUCAGACAACAAGUCAGGCACAGUUGUCAACAACUACGUCUUGUGUAGUCCCCGAAACAACGAUUGUACAAGUCCCCAGAACAGCAGCACUGACACCAGCGUCCACAUCCACUCUUCUACCCAGAAUACCAGGAUCUGUUGUAUCAGAGAUACAGUCAUCAGGGCUACCUGGGGUACCAGUGCCUGUGGAUUCUCCCGCAGUUGUCCAGUACAACAAUUUCUACGUACGGCAGAAUUUUGAGGAUGUGACAGUCAGGGGCGCCAGGAAUCUGAACUUUGGCGGAACCCAGAACAUUAGAGGAACACAGAACGAUGGUGCACCUCGGACCAACCAGGAAGAGGAGAAACAACUGACUGCAGCACAGAAGAUCAGGAAAAGAACGGAAUCCAGGAUACAGUCGUGGACCAAAGACAUGGUGGAGACAGAAGCCCUCCAGAAGGUGACAGACAAGCUAGACAGAGGAGCAACAUGGGUGACAAUUAAAGGAAGGCCAGGAGAGGGGAAGUCUACAAUAGCCUACAUGGCUCUCAAAGAUCAGCACACUCAGGGGAGACAAGUGUAUCAGGUGGUGUCACCGGAGGAGUUCAAUGAGGUCAUAACGGUCUGCACAAACCCUGUCAUUAUGUUAGAUGACAUAUUUGGUGAUCUGGAAUUUGAUGUAGCAGAAUGGGCCAAGUGGAGACCAAGUCUACAACCUAUUGUGGAUGUGAAAGAUCCUGAUAAAUAUACAGAAAAAGAUUCCGAAGACGUAUCCACUAAUAUUGAAAAUGGUAUAAAGAGAACAAAAGAUGAGCAAACACAGCUGAAAAGAACAGCGCCUAACAAAAAAUAUACUAUCAUUAUCCUCGUAGGCCGUGAUUAUGUGCUGAAAUCCUCAUUGGCAGACUUGGGAAAGAUGGCAGAUUACAUAUCUAGUCCCCUCUAUGUGGUGGAAGUUCCUUCUCAGAGAGACUCUUAUGAACGAAGGAAGAUUUGGCAUGUUCAUGUCAAAACAAAGACAAAGAUGGACUUUGAUGAGUCAACUGUGUCUCAGAUAUGUCAGGCUGACUGUCCACACGGCUUUCCCCAUGUAUGUAAAAUGUUUGUCGCGACAUAUGGAAAGGAUCAGACGCAACCUUCAGCAGAGACUGUUUUAGAUUUUUUUAAAAUACCUCUUGUGUUCCUCAAAAAGACUUUGGAUAAAUUUCUUAAGGAUAAGAUAAAGCGUUCACUGUUCAUGGCUAUGAUUAAAAGAGAUGGGAAGGUUAGUGGACAGGAGUUGGAGGAGGAUGAUAAUCUUGCGUAUGAAAGCAUAACAGCUGCUGAUGAUUUGGUUGGAUCCUACCUCAUGAAGGAAGAUGACACAUACAUGUUUGACCAUCCCUCUAUAUAUGACAGUGUUGCUUUAAUACUCAGUACAAAACAAUCAAAGUUUGUCAUCGAAAAUUGUAGUUUGUCAUUCAUCCAUCAGCGACUUCGUCUUAAACCAUCCACAAGACAAAGGGAAAGUGUUCCUAGUGAGACCGGUCUUGUUGCAAACAUCUCAUGGACCUUUGCUCGACAUUUAGCCAGAAGAUUUGCAACUGAUACUGAGAGAGGCAAUUUGUUGCAUGUCUUAUCGCACCAGGCAUGUUGUAAUUCAGAGUUUAUUGACUUGCUCAUGGACUGUCUGAAGACAAACUGUCACAUGUCUGUUCCUGAUCUUCUGAAACUAGUUGAUAAUUCUUCAAGACAAUACGUUAUAAGAGACGAGUCACAUUCAUUUUUGAAAUUGCUUUCAAGCAACAAGUCACAUCAUCUAAUCAAAUUUAUUAUGGAGAAAGAAAACAUAUCAUUCAGCCAAAGUGAAAUGCGUGACAUUUUACUUGGGGUGUGCAAGAAUGCUGCUUGUAGUGUAUUGACCUACAUCAGUGAACACAUGAAGCUUGACAUGGAUGCUAGAUAUGGUCGGCUUAAUGUAACUCCGAUCAUGUUAGCAGCAGAAACCAAAAACAGUGAGUUUGUCGAUCAGAUUCUGGCCCUUGCCCCUGACCUGAAUGCAUGCAAUAAACUAGGAGAUACUGUCUUUCAUUACCUUUGCAAGUAUGGCCUUACAUCAGCCGUGGAAAAAGCAAUUAACACGGGUGUGGAUGUCAAUGUGCAUCGUGUAAAUGGUGACGAUUUGUACCUUGCCAUACAAAAUGGUCACUUAGGGGUGGUGAAACUGCUGGUGAAAACAGGAUUUGAUCUGGAUAACCAGAAAGGUCUUAGAUUUGCUUCUAUGAGCCAGAACAAGGACAUGCUAGACUUUCUUUUAGACAGAGGAGCACAGGUUGAUGGUGAUGUUGUAAACAGUGCUUGUGAGGUGGGGAACUUGACUAUGGUCAAAAUGUUAUUUGAGAAGGGUGCUACUGUUGACAUGAUGUCAUCUAAUGGAGAAACUCCUCUUCACAGCUCAUGUAGACGACACUCAGAUGUUAUGUCAUUUCUGCUGGCGAAAGGAGCAAGUGUGAAUCAACUUUCAUCUGAUACAGGUGACUCACCACUUCAUAUAGCAGCAUAUGAGGGACAUACAGUGUGUGUCAAUGUCUUACUGAAGGCCGAGGCUGAUGUGAAUGUACAGAAUAAUACAGGUGACACACCACUUCAUACAGCAGCAGAUGAAUUCUUUAGAUCUACAGAGUGUGUUGAAGAGUUACUGAAGGCUGGGGCUGAUAUGAAUGUACAGAACAAUACAGGUGACACGCCACUUCACACAGCAGCAACAGCAGCAAGAUGGGGAUUUAUAAACUGUGUUGAAGUGUUACUGAAGGCUCGGGCUGAUGUGAAUGUACAGAACAAUACAGAUGACACGCCUCUUCAUAAAGCAGCAGCAGCAGCAAGGUGGGAAUCUACUAACUGGCUUGAAGUGUUACUGAAGGCCGGGGCUGAUGUGAAUGUACAGAAUAAUACAGGUGACACGCCACUUCAUAAUGCAGCAGUGUGGGGAUCUACAGAGAAUGUUGAAGAGUUACUGAAGGCUCGGGCUGAUGUGAAUGUACAGAAUUCUACAGGUGACACGCCACUUCUUAAUGCAGCAGUGAGGGAUUGUACAGAGAAUGUUGAAGAAUUACUGAAGGCCGGGGCUGAUGUGAAUGUACAGAAUAAUACAGGUGACACACCACUUCAUGCAGCAGCAUUGUUUGGAUCUACAGAGUGUGUUGAAGAGUUACUGAAGGCCGGGGCUGAUGUGAAUGUACAGAAUACUACAGGUGACACGCCACUUCAUAAUGCAGUAGUGAGGGAAUCUACAGAGAAUGUUGAAGAGUUACUGAAGGCCGGGGCUGAUGUGAAUGUACAGAAUACUACAGGUGACACGCCACUUCAUAAUGCAGUAGUGAGGGAAUCUACAGAGAAUGUUGAAGAGUUACUGAAGGCCGGGGCUGAUGUGAAUGUACAGAAUACUACAGGUGACACGGAACCUCAUAAUGCAGCAGUAAGGGAAUCUACAAACUGUGUUGAAGCGUUACUGAAGGCUGGGGCUGAUGUGAAUGUACAGAAUACUACAGGUGACACGCCACUUCAUGCAGCAGCAGCAGCAGCAGGGUGGGGAACUGCAGAGUUUGUUGAAGAGUUACUGAAGGCUGGGGCUGAUGUGAAUGUACAGAAUAAUAGAGGUGACACGCCACUUCAUGCAGCAGCAGCAGAAGAAGGGUGGGGAUCUGGGGAGUCUGUUGAAGUGUUACUGAAGGCCGGGGUUAAUGUGAAUGUACAGAAUAAUACAGGUGACACGCCACUUCAUGCAGCAGCAGCAGCAGCAGCAUGGUGGGGAUCUGCAGACUAUGUUGAAAUGUUACUGUUGUCCGGGGCUGAUGUGAAUGUACAGAAUAAUACAGGUGACACACCACUUCAUGCAGCAGCAGCAGGAGCAGGGUGGGGAUCUACAGAGGGUGUUGAAGGGUUACUGAUUGCCGGGGCUGAUGUGAAUGUACAGAAUAAUACAGGUGACACGCCACUUCAUAAAGCAGCAGUGAGGGGAUCUACAGAUUGUAUUGAUGUAUUACUGAAGGCUGGAGCUGAUGUGAAUAUACAGAAUAAUGCAGGUGACACACCACUUCAAAAGCAGCAGUGAGGGGAUCUACAGAUGUACUUCAACAUGUCCGUCUAGCUUCUAUAGACUCCCUGAUGUAAUGUACAGAAUAUAGUGUGAAUGUAGUGUAGUUGCAACCUUCAACAUGUUCGUCUAGCUUCUACAGACUCCCUGGUAUAAUGUACAGAAUAUAUUGUAAAAGUAGUGUAGUUGCAGCCUUCAACAUGUUCGUCUAGCUUCUAAAGACUCCCUGGUGUAAUGUACAGACAAUAGUGUGAAUGUAGUGUAGUUGCAGCCUUCAACAUGUUCGUCUAGCUUCUAUAGACUCCCUGGUGUAAUGUACAGAAUAUAGUGUGAAUGUAGUGUAGUUGCAACCUUCAACAAGUUCGUCUAGCUGAUAGACUCUCGGGUGUAAUGUACAGAAUAUAGUGUGAAUGUAGUGCAGUUGCAACCUUCAAAAUGUCCGUCUAGCUUCUAUAGACUCCCUGAUGUAAUAUAGAGGAAUAUAGUGUGAAUGUAGU